AUGUUAUCAUUAUUCUCAUCAAAUAAUGACGACAAUAAUUCAAAUAUCAUUGAUUUAUUGUAUGAUUUAUGUAAAGAAAAUGAAGUAGAAAAAGUUCAAAAUAUUCUACCAUAUAUUGAUAAUAUAAAUAUUAUAAAUAAAAUUCAAAAUUCAACUGGCUCAACAUGUUUACAUGUAGCAUGUUAUUAUGGACAUCGACAUAUGGUACAACUUUUAUUAGAAUAUGGAGCUCUACAUUCUAUUAGAAAUUUACGACAUAAUUUAACACCUUAUGAAGAAGCAUAUACAGAUGAUAUAAAACAGUUAUUUGUAGAACAUCGUAAAUUAUUUUCAAACAAUGAUUUUGAUUAUGAUUAUAUUGAAUGGUCAGUAGUAGGAGAUGAUCUUCUAGGAAAACGACGUGAAUUUCGUCAAGCUAUUGAUUUAUAUAAAACUUAUAAUAAUCACCAUUUAAUAUCAAAAUUAGUAGCUGAAGUUAUUCAUUAUUAUUUAAAUGAAUAUCUGAUAAAUGAAAGUAAUGAUAGUAACAAUUCAGAAGAUCAAAUUACUCGUCAACAAAUUGAAACUAUCGAAGCAUAUUUUAAAGAAGCUAUAGAAAAACAAGAUUAUUUAACAUAUUUU